UUUGAUUUCCUCUACGUAGUAUUGUUUGCCAUAUGGCACAGGAGAAGAUCUAUAGGAAACAGUAUUUUGUUAACUGGCUUGUGCGAUGCUGGAAAGACAUUGAUAUAUGCACGUCUACUUUGCUCAAAAUUCGUGAAAACACAUACAUCUGUAAAAGAAAAUACAGGAGAUAUUGUAAUCAAUAAUCGUCCCUUGAAAAUCGUUGAUAUACCUGGACAUGAACGCCUUCGAUAUAAAUUUUUCGAUCAGUUCAAGUUAUCUGCCAAAGGACUUAUUUAUAUGAUUGAUUCUGUGACGUUUCAAAAAGAUAUUCGGGAUGCAGCAGAAUUCUUGUAUAAUAUCCUAUCUGAUUCUGCUAUACAGAAAAAGCCAGUACUUAUACUAUGCAACAAACAAGAUCAGACUAUGGCAAAAAGUUCAGCUAUUAUAAAGACUUUACUAGAAAGAGAAAUGAACUUAUUACGUAUGACAAAAACUAGCCAACUAGAAACUACAGAUGCAACAGCAACAAACAUAUUCCUUGGCAAACAGGGAAAAGAUUUUGAAUUUUCCCAUUUAGAUACAAACAUUGAAUUUGCUGAAUGUAGUGCAUAUAAUAAAGAUUCUGAAACUUUUGCAGAUACCGAACAAUUAUAUAAUUGGUUAAAAAAAAUUGCAUAAGUAUGUAACAUUAUAUAUUUUUA